AUGGGCCUCACGUUUCCCCUGCCUAUCACAUGGGCCUCUUGUUUCCCCUUCCUAUCGCAUAAUCCUCACGUUUCCCCCACUCUCUUCUACCUCUCGCAUCCGCAUUACGUUUUUUCUCCAUCCUCUUCUUCCUCUCGCAUGGCCGUGACGUUUCCCUUCUCCGCUUCUUCAUCUCACAUGCGCCUCACGCUUCCCCUUUUCUCUUCAACCUCUCUCAUGUGCACGCCGUUUCCCCUCCUCUCUCAUCACGUUUUUCCUCUUGCAUGCGCCUCACCUUUCAAACCCUCUCUUCUUCCUCUCGCAUGCUCCCCUCUUCUCUCCUUCCACCCGCGUGCGUCUCUCGUUUCCCCUCCUCUCUUCACCCUCUCGCAUCAGCCGGGCGUUUCCCAUCCUCCCUGCUUCCUCUCGCAUGCGCCUUACGUUUCAACUCCCCUCAUCUUCCUCUCGCCCGAGACUCGCGUUUCUCCCCCUCUCUUCUUCCAUUUGCACCCUACCUCUCGUUUCCCGUCAGAGUUUCUUCCUCCCGCGUGCGCCUCACGUUUCUCCCCCCACUCUUUUCCCCCCUCGCAUGAGCCUCACCUUUCCCCUCAUCUCUUCUUCCCCUCGCAUGCGCCUCACUCUUCAAUCUUUCGCUUCUUCCUCUCGCAUGCGCCUCACGUUCCCCCCCCUCUCUCCUUCCUCUCGCAUGGGCUUCACGUUUCCCCUCCUAUCUUCUUCCAUUCGCAUGCGACUCGCGUUCCCCCCCCCCACCCCCCUCUCUUCUUCCUCUCGCAUGCGCCUCUCGUGCUACCCCCUCUCUUCUUCCUCCCGCCCUGGCCGUCACGUUUCUCCCCAUGUGCAUCUCUCCCUGGGUCAUGCGCCUCUCGUUUCCCCUCCUCUCUUCUUCCUCUCUCCUGCGCCUGA